AUAAUCUACGGAGGCCCCUCCUGUCCCAUUGAUAACACGUUCAUUCACAGUGAGCCCUCCUAAUACAGACUAAUCCCCCAGGCAGACAUUCACACUACCCUAAAAGGCUCCUCACCUCAAGCAGAACUCGGUCUUGGGGAUGCUCUUUGCGCAUCUCCUCCUUCGCUGAAGCUGUAGGACACCGAAUGACCAGAGGCUCUCACAGCGGCAGAGACCCCAGGCAAUGAGGUUUCCCAGGCUGUCUUUUCCCCUGCUGCUCCUUGGCUGCUGCCUUCUUGGGGCAUCAGCAGCCAGGAAGAACAAGGAUAGCACACGGGGAGCGGCCGAGCCGGUCUCCGGCCCCUCUGGGGGCUCCUCGGGUCGCUUCUCCAAUCCCGACCAACAUGCGUGUAGCUGGCAGAUCCUGCUGCCGGCCCCCGGAGACUCGUCCGCUGCGGGUGCUGGGGGAGGCGGAACGGGGAGCGAGCUUGCGGUGAGCUGCCAGAGUCCAGACGGGUCGCGGUACCAGUGUGCUUACCGCGGGGAGCCACAGCGCUGCGCCGCAUACAAUGCUCGUGGCCCCCAGUAUUGGAAGCAGGUGGUGGGGAAGCUACGGAAGAAGAAACAGCCCUGCCACGACCCAGCUCCACUCAAAGCUCGGCUUUGUGGCGGCAAGAAGGGACAAGGGGCUGAGCUCCACCUGGUGCUCCGGCCAGUCGACGGCGCAAGCUCCGGAGCCAGCUCAGCUACAACUACGCUCCUCGGCGAGGGCAAGGGCAAGGGCAAAAGCCGCUCCAGGGGCCAGAGUCGUGUCCGGGAGUCCGGCCCCGGAACCGAGGAAGGACCGAAACUUCCACGGGCUCCGCCGCCGUCGGGUAUCCCGACUCUGGGCGGCGCAGGCAAAGAGAAGGGCCUGGGGAAGAAGGGCAGUGGAGGCAAGCGCAAAGAGACCCCACCGUCGGACGAGGAGCGACCCAUGGAUUCUGGGCCAGCCCCGGGAGGACCGCCAGAGUUUAACGAAGAGUUGACCGAAACCUACUGCGCGGAAAAGUGGCACUCGUUGUGCAAUUUCUUCGUCAACUUCUGGAAUGGCUGAACCGAAAUACGGCUGGGGGUGGGGAUGGGAGUGGGGAUAGGGGUUAGGGCUGGGGGCAAAGGGGAAAAGGGGGCCUCUUAAGGGGAGUGGUUGGGAAGGGGUGGGGACGAUUAGGGUGGAGUCCCCUGGGCAACUGUAGAAGAAUGAGUCGGGAAAAUGGGAAUAAGCUCAGAGGAGCUCAGGUUCUAGACUGGGGAAUUUGGGAUGAGGGAGAAGGGGAUGGAAGGAGUUAUUGUUAGGGAAUUUAAAGAUGUAAAGGUUUGGGACCCUAGCAACAUGGUGUCGAGAACAAAACCAAAUAUAUAUAUACAUAUAUAAACCUCUAUAUAGUCUCCAUAAAUGUAUAUCUCCAUAGAGGAAUGGAGAAUGAAAAAUGUAUCUUUAUAAUCUCCAUGAGAUUUAUCUCGAUGGAUAGAUAUGGAAAUAUAGAGAGAGUUGCCUAGGGGGGUGAAAAGUUAAAUGACUCGCUCGCUGGUGGUUACACACCUUGAGGCCAGGUCUUCCUGACUCCUGUCUAUUCUAUCACAAUACCUUUUAGGACACAAACACACACACACACACACACACACACACACACGUAGGCCUGCAGUGUUGGAUUUGGGGAGAAGUUAGCAGGUCUAAGUGGAUACCGAGAAGAGGAGAAAAUCUUUGAGAGGGCGGGACAUUUCUAUGAGCUAGAUUUUGAAUUGAGGGCAAAGAGAAUGGAAGUACAGGAAUGGACAUGCCAUAAGUAUGCAGAAAUGCAUAGAUUAGAGGGAGAGAUGGGAUAGACAGGUUAGCAAGUGGCUAUAUGAAUAAAAAGUGGCAGGAUGGUGGGGCAAAAUGUAUAUUUUAUAACUCAUAUUUGUACUAAAACCACAUCAAAAGCAGCUUCUGGCCCGGGCCAGAGUGGAUUAUUCAAAAUAUCUUUACAGCUAUCAGCUAACAGAAUUGGCUCUUUUUUCUUUCUUAAUAAGUUUGAAUGCAGGAGCUUCUCAGUACCCCAGAAUUCUAAGAGGUGUAACUCAGUGGCAUAACAAGGGUGAGGUAAGUGAGCCACUUGCCUCAAAACUAAGGGGGCAACAGAAACAUCAAUCAAAUAUGUAAGCAUACUAUGCUGUUAGUGUAGGCAGCAGAGCUUUUAUAUUCUUGUCAUGGUACAGAAUUAGCUCUCUUAGAAGUUAAGGAGCUUAAGAUGGAGGCAGCAAAACUGUCAGUCUUACUACCUUCUCUAAACUAAGAAAUGGCUUUAUGGUCUGGAGCAUUUUUAAUUUAUAUUCUAUAUUCAUGAUUAAUUUGUAGACUGGAUAUCCCAGCAGUUAUAAUAGGUGUGACUUCUUGCAAGCCUCUCCAUUUUUACUUGGUCCUAUUAAAGAACUGACUAAAA